AUGAAUAAUUCAAUGGACUGCGCACCCGAAGCCACCUUGUGCAACGGCACAUCCUGCGUGGUGCCUGAGAGCAACUUCAAUGCCAUUCUCAGCGUGGUCCUGAGCACUGUGCUCACCAUCCUGCUGGCCAUGGUCAUGUUCUCCAUGGGAUGCAACGUGGACAUCAAUAGAUUCCUCUGGCAUAUGAAGCGGCCAUGGGGCAUCUGUGUGGGCUUCCUCUGCCAGUUUGGAAUCAUGCCCCUCACUGGAUUCAUCUUGUCAGUGGCCUUUGACGUCCUCCCGCUCCAAGCCGUGGUCAUCCUCAUCAUGGGGUGCUGUCCCGGAGGAACGUCCUCCAACAUCUUGGCCUAUUGGGUUGACGGCGAUAUGGAUUUGAGCGUCAGCAUGACCACCUGCUCCACGCUGCUGGCCAUGGGGAUGAUGCCGCUGUGUCUCUUCAUCUACACCAAGAUGUGGACCGACGCGGGGACCAUCGUGAUUCCCUACGACAGCAUCGGUACAUCUUUGGUGGCUCUGGUGAUUCCUGUUUCCAUUGGGAUGUAUGUUAACCACAAAUGGCCCGAGAAAGCCAAGAUCAUUCUUAAGGUGGGCUCCAUCGCCGGCGCCAUCCUGAUCGUGCUCAUAGCUGUGGUCGGCGGGGUUCUGUACCAGAGUGCCUGGAUCAUCGCUCCCAAGCUCUGGAUUAUAGGAACCAUCUUCCCCAUGGCUGGCUACUCCCUCGGGUUUUUCCUGGCUCGCAUAGCUGGGCAGCCCUGGCACAGGUGCCGGACGGUGGCUCUGGAGACGGGCAUGCAGAACACACAGCUGUGCUCCACCAUCGUGCAGCUUUCUUUCACGCCCGAGGAGCUCAACGUCGUCUUCACUUUCCCGCUCAUCUACAGCAUCUUCCAGCUGGCCUUCGCGGGCAUAUUCCUGGGCAUCUAUGUGGCAUACAAGAAAUGUUACCAGAAAAACAGAGGGGAACUUCCAGAGAUUGAAGGUACAGAGACAGUGCCUGAUUCACCACACUGUCAAGUGAAUGAAGGAUUUCAAGCUGAUACAAGUGGACACUAA